GUGUUCGGUAUGUGAGCCCGCCCUCUGGCACCGCGCCGCUGCUGUUAAAUCUGCGAGGCUGAUCUUCCUGACAGCAUUCCUUCUCCUCAGUGGAACACAGAGUUGCGGAGCAGAUCAGAUCAGAUCAGGCUGUUUGUGUGAACAGCAGCGGCUCCUCUCAGACCGUCAGCUCCUCCUGGGGACGCAGCAGCAGGUGACAGUGACGCCCGGGAUCCAGGAGAUGAAAGGACCGUACAACAGGACGGCUCCAGGAGUCGGGCUGGGCCCUCCGCUGGAGGGGCCGCCCGCCGUGCCGGGCCCGCCUGGCUGCAAACGGAACAAAGGCACAAGAUGUUCAGUCUCCGGCGGUGAGCAGGUCUACCUCGGAGUUCGUGUCAGAAUGCCGGUUAGGGAUCUGCUGAAAAACAUCCGAGUGCCCAAAGACAUGGACCCCGAUGACUUUAACGAAAGAGGCUCGAAAAAAGGCUCCGGAAAUAGGAAACGUGCCAGAACUCGCGCAAGAAACAAAGUUACCAGGGCACAACAACCUGUGAAAAGCCUGGAGGAACUGGCAAUCAUCAUCGAGGUGUUGGAAGAGGACCUGAGAUCUGGCUGCACUCCUCGCUCCCCUCCUACUGACUCCACUACCUAUCCUGAACUGUCUCCAACUGAUGUAAAUUCCGGUGACGAAUACGAUGAAAUCAUUCCCAGCCCAGAAUCCUACAUGGCCUACUCUCCCAGCGCCUCGGAACACGACGUGGCCUGGACCCGACCUGACUGCAUGUUCCUCAGCCUCCAGCCCGCCGGUGUCACUGAUACGCAGAGCUACGGUGACAGAGAGGCGGGCUGGUUCGAGCCAAAGAACAACUGGGAUCUGAACACUUCUGCCUUCUUCUGGACACAGCUGCAGAAAGAGGAGAGCUGGCUGAAGAAGACCUCUGAUGCUGAGCUGCUGACCACCGAUGAGCAUGGCAGGACACUUCUGCAUAAAGUGGUGUGUCUGGGAAAGAGAGCACAGGCGUAUGCCAUCGCCAGAAGAAUGUCUGCUGUCAACAGCCUGGACCUGAAAGACUCUCAUGGAAUGACUGCCCUCCUCUAUGCGGCAAAACACAACCAGCACCUGAUGGUGGCGGAUUUGAUCCGACUGGGGGCAAACGUGAACGAGACCAACAACCUGGGAAAGUCCUGCCUGCACCUGAGUGCAGAGAAUGGCUACAUCAGAGUGUUAGAGGUUUUAAAACAAGGAAUGAUGGACGGGCUGCAUAUUGAUGUGGAAGCCACUGAUAACUCUGGGAUGAGUGUCCUCCAGUGUGCCGCUGUGGCUCUGAAGGCCAGCAUGAGUGAGGUGGACAGCAGCAAGUCUCUGAGUCACAGCAGACUUCACACUCUGCGCCAGGAGCACAUGAUGGAGACACUGAAGUGUGUCCUGCAGAUGGACAGCUUCCUGCAUGCUGCUGCCAGCUGGUCUGCUACAGAUCCAGAGUACACUGUACAAAGCUGGCUGAGCAGCCAGCAUGUUUGCCCUGCAGGGCAUUUUGAAACCCCGACAGUAAUGUUCUGAGUUUGUUCAGGCUUGACUUCAGUCAGAGAGACUACAACUAUUUAGUUUCUCGCUCAAGUAUAAGUUCAGGCCUGUUAUAUAUGUGAAGCAUCUGUUAGGCUGUGUGUGGUUGCAGGUAUCUGGCUUGUAGUCAGUUCUGUACUAAUGCCUGCACAGAAAAAUCAGAUGCACCUUCACUGGUUUCUGUGAAACUUCCAUUGUUAGUUACAGUUUCGUAACAAGUUGUCUCUUAACAACUGCGUCCCUACAGACUCCAAAGUAAAAUUCUUUGGCUUUACUUAAAGUAUCGUAGGGUGAUUGUGCCUUUCCAAUAUAUAUCUUCAGAACGAUUAUGAAGAGCUGUAAAAGAAUAUUUGAGUCUUCAUUGGCAUGUCUCCAUCAACGUCAUCUUACGCAUAAUUUUGAGGUAUUUCAUUAAAAAAUGUUGUUGGAAACAGCAACAUUUUUAAAAACACUUCAUUUUGGGGAAAAAAAGAGUUAACAGGACAGUAUUAUGUAAAAUCAACU